CAGGACGAGACUUCUACUGAUAUGGACAUCCAAACAGCCAAUCAGACUAUAGAUCCUCUGUUGAUUUCUGUGACAUCAGAGGGGCCUCCAACUUCGACCACACCUGCAGAGGUGGAGGAGGACACUGUGCCGUCCACUGGCACCCGCUGUCGGGGUUACUAUGAUGUCAUGGGCCAGUGGGACCCUCCCUUUAACUGUAAUGCAGGUAUCUUCCUGUACUGUUGCGGCACCUGUUUCUAUCGGUUCUGCUGUCAGUUCCGUCAGCAACGACUGGAUCAGACUUCCUGCUCCAACUAUGAUACUCCAAUUUGGGCCAACACAGGAAAACCAGUGGCCACCAACACUGAGGUGCAGCCAGACCAUGAGCGGGAUCGGACUCACAUGAUUGUGUACAUAAUCUGCGGUGUGGUGGCCAUCAUGGUCCUAGUGGGAAUCUUCACCAAACUGGGGCUGGAAAAGAGCCGUGGAGUCCAGAAUGAUCUCAGUAACUCCAGGUGA